UAGUGACCCCCCUACAGGAAGAUAACGGAUAAGCCAAGAGGGCGGAGCAGCUUGCUACACAUGUCUGGCUGCUCUUAUCAACUUAUCAUAUAAGGAAAGGAAAGUGAUUGAUUCAGAUACAGACACUAGAAUCUGCGAAAAGAGACAAAGAAACAUUAAAGCUGAUCUGUAAAGCUAAUAGAGCACUCACAAGUGAGCAGGAUUUUCUCCCUUCUGGAAUCUGACAGUUUACUGGAUGACUGGAGAGAAGACAGCAUUAAAAAUCAAGUUUGCUACUAGAAAAGGAGAAAAGAGAUUUUCAUUGAUUGACCUUAAACCAUGGCAGCAUAGCUGUGUAUUUUAGAGGACAGCUUAGUAUUCUGGACUCUUAUGUGCCUUGAAGUUUGCUAAGCUGGUAGUUUAUUACCAAAAGAAAGAAUGUGGCAGAUUGUUUUCUUUACUUUGAGCUGUGAUCUUGUCCUAGCCGCAGCCUACAACAACUUUCGGAAGAGCAUGGACAGCAUAGGGAAAAAGCAGUACCAGGUUCAGCAUGGAUCAUGCAGCUACACUUUUCUCCUACCAGAGAUGGACAAUUGUCGCUCUUCUUCUAGCUCCUACGUUUCUAAUGCUGUACAGAGGGAUGCACCGCUAGAUUAUGAUGAUUCGGUGCAGAGACUGCAAGUACUGGAAAACAUCAUGGAAAACAACACUCAAUGGCUAAUGAAGCUUGAGAAUUAUAUUCAGGACAACAUGAAAAAAGAAAUGGUAGAGAUGCAACAGAAUGCAGUACAAAACCAGACUGCUGUAAUGAUAGAAAUAGGAACAAACCUAUUAAAUCAAACAGCAGAGCAAACACGGAAGUUAACAGAUGUUGAAGCACAAGUAUUAAAUCAGACAACAAGACUUGAACUGCAGCUUCUGGAACAUUCACUGUCUACAAACAAAUUGGAAAAACAGAUUUUGGAUCAGACCAGUGAAAUAAACAAAUUGCAAGAUAAGAACAGUUUCCUAGAAAAGAAAGUCCUAGAUAUGGAAGAUAAGCAUAUAGUUCAACUACGGUCAAUAAAAGAAGAAAAAGAUCAGCUCCAGGUGUUAGUAUCCAAGCAAAACUCCAUUAUUGAAGAACUAGAAAAACAAUUAGUGACUGCAACUGUGAAUAAUUCAGUUCUCCAAAAGCAACAACAUGAUCUGAUGGAGACAGUUCAUAAUUUAUUGACUAUGAUAUCAGUAUCAAAUUCAGCUAAGAACUCCAUUGUUUCUAAAGAAGAACAAAUCAUUUUCAGAGACUGUGCUGAAGCAUUCAAAUCAGGACUUACAACUAAUGGCAUCUACACAUUAACAUUUCCUAAUUCUACAGAAGAGAUAAAGGCUUACUGUGACAUGGAAACAAGUGGUGGUGGAUGGACAAUUAUUCAGCGACGUGAAGAUGGAAGUGUUGAUUUUCAGAGGACUUGGAAAGAAUAUAAAGUGGGAUUUGGUAACCCAUCAGGAGAGUACUGGCUAGGAAAUGAGUUUGUUUCCCAACUGACUAAUCAGCAACGCUAUGUGCUUAAAAUACACCUUAAAGACUGGGAAGGCAAUGAGGCAUACUCAUUGUACGAACAUUUCUCUCUCUCAAGUGAAGAACUCAAUUAUAGGAUCCACCUUAAAGGACUUACAGGGACAGCCGGAAAAAUAAGCAGCAUAAGCCAACCAGGAAAUGAUUUUAGCACAAAGGAUGCAGACAAUGACAAAUGUAUUUGCAAAUGUUCACAAAUGCUAACAGGAGGCUGGUGGUUUGAUGCAUGUGGUCCUUCCAAUUUGAACGGAAUGUACUUUCCACAGAGGCAGAACACGAAUAAAUUCAAUGGCAUUAAGUGGUACUACUGGAAAGGAUCAGGCUACUCGCUCAAGGCCACAACCAUGAUGGUCCGACCAGCAGAUUUCUAAAUACCUGUACACACCUGACGAAUGGUGUGUUGUACUAUUGUCAAAGACUUAAUCCCAAAGUACUGAAAGACACAGCUGCAUAUUGUUUCCUUUUUCACCCGAGACAACAUGAUCUUGGGUGCUGAAGAGAGUAAUGUGCUCCAAAUUAGAGCUCCGUCAUCCUUAUCACUUAAACCUGCAUCACUCAACGGAUCAACGCAUCACCCAGAACAAGCCAUGACCUGGUUAUGUGAUCUGGCAGAACACCCACGUGGAAAAUAAAUUUAAGGCUGAGAAUUAGACUGACAAUUUACAGACCUUGUUGUCACAACCAAGAAUGUUAUAUGCAAGUUUAUCAGUAAAUAACUGGAAAACAGAACACUUAUGUUAUAUAAUAUAGAUAACCUUGGAACUGCAUUCUUCUAAGCAAUGUUUAUAGAUUGUGUAAAUAUCCAUAUGUCCUGAAUUCAGCAUCAAUAUCAUAAUUAAAAAGAAGAAAAAACUCAUUUUUAAAAUUCUCUAAGCCAUAAAUAUAUAUCCAGGGUUUUUCUGAGGAGUGCUUAUUAAUAGCCUAAAAUUUGGAGAAGGAAAAAAACAUGAUUAAUGCAAUUUUCACUCCUCCUCUUAGGUGUGUAAAAUUUUUAUUUUGAAAACAGCAUAUUUACAUAUGUGUUGAUAGCUCAGUGUUAAGUUAAUGUCCAAAUAUGUAUUUCAAGUAUAUAUGGUGAAAACUUUCAGGAUCCCUAAAAUUAUCAAUAGGAACAUGUUAUGUAUCAUUUAGUUUAUAUGAAGAUUGUAUUAUUUUGUCUGGCUGGCUAUUAAAUAUAUAAAAAUAUUUUUAGUAAUUAAAUAUAACUUAUUAGGUGA